AGUUCAGGACCCGGUAAAUGGGGGUGUCUGGCGCAAAGCUGCAGAGCCGCAGUAACUUAUGGCGAACGAAAUAGACGUGAGACUGGACAGAGGAGAGUACGUCGGUGGAGACACGCUCUAUGGGUCCGUAUAUCUCCGUAUUCAGCAACAACUGUCGUCCUCCACCCUAAAACUGGUCAUUCGAGGACUCCAUACGUGUAAGUAUGGCUACAAGUAUCUUGAGCAGGGGGAAGAGGAGGGAGAUUUCACAUCUAGGGUCGGUCAGAGAAACAUGAUCAAGGACAUAAUCAAACAAGAAAUUGUCAUUGGAGAAGGACUGUUUCCUAUUGGGUGCUAUGCUUAUCCGUUCAAGUAUCAACUGCCUCACAGUCUCCCAGGUUCGUUUGUCGUUCAGUAUGAGGAUAUGGACAGUAGCAAGUCUUGGGAAGGAGUUGUGCAGUACUCCGUGUCAGCUGUGCUGACUAGUGGCUCGCCUCACAAUAAGAUAUCUAAGGAGAGUAGGAUGGUGGUAUAUGACAGUAUAGAGUGCAGGAGCAGCGAGGCAGCUCCCCAGCCACUGAUGGCUCAUGGCAGUGUCCGCACCUUCUUCUGUCUCACCAGGGGAACUGUCAAUGUCACCUGCAGUCUCCAGCACACUGCCUUCACUCCAUCAUCGAAGAUCAUUUUGAGUCUGAAGAUAAAGAACGACUCAUCCGUGGAUGUGUCUGGCUACACAGUCAACCUGCUGAGAGUGGUGAAGCUGCAGGCUCUCGACAGGAUGAGGGAUGAGGAGGAGCUGUCAACACACAACAUCCUCACUACUGUACUGGAGUCAGAGGGACGAGGAUGCCCCCAUAAUAACAACAUAUCACAUGAUGUGGAACUAAAUCUAACUGCUGCACAGAACAUCCAGUCAGUCGGAGUCCCACCCAACACCUCCAGCUCUCUAGUAAAGUGUAACUAUGUUAUUGAUGUGAAUGUACACGUGCCGUGGGGACCUGAUAUAGAAUUGAGGCAGCCCCUGCUUAUCAAGGCAGCCGACAAUGAUAAUUGGAAGAGUUGGACUCCGCCCUCCUGGAUAGAGCAAUGUGUGAAGGCUCGUACGAGCGGAAUAACGAGUGUUUCAGAUAACCUUCUCAAUUCACAGAUAUUCUCAGGAAUUCCAGGCUUCAGACCUGAACUUUAGCCCUGGACCUAUGUUUGAUAAACUACACACCUUUUUUUUAAAACUUUCACAUUCAAGAAUUGAAAAAUGGAAUGGAUAACGAUGGUGUGUCAUUGUUUCUUGACUGGCUUGAAGUGUUGGUAGUAGCUUCGCGUGGCCUCAAUCAUCACGUCCUGUACGCUCUCUGACAGCUCCCCCACCAUCACCCCUGGAGAACCGCCGAAGACAGUGAAUGGAGGAACAACUGUCUCUGGGGGCAGGACAGUGUUGUCCAGCACCGUGCAGCAGUCUCUCAGGAUACACGAGCGAGAAAUGACACAGUUCUUCCCAACAUGAACGUAGGAUCCAACCGCAGAAGCAUUGAUCACGCUGUCCUCUUCAAUUAUGACAUUGUCUCCUAUUUGUAGGGGGUAGAAGGCACCUCUGGUACACGAGGGAGAGGGAAUAAAGUGUGAGUUGUUGCUGAUAUCUACAUACCCGUGAGAGAGUUUCUUGAACGGAGGAGUAAUGACAGUUCUCUUUCCAAUAACACACUGUCUUCCAACGUUGAUAUUGGCCAGGUCCCCUCUAAUGAUGCAGGCGGAUUGAACUACGGUCUAGGUGGAGAGAUAAACGGCAAUAUCUGUUGGAACAUGAGGCUUAAAAGGCGUACUUUUCCGUUGAGGACGAUGUUUUUGCUGCCGCAGAGGAUGCAUGUUCUGCUGACUUUGUUUCCCGAGGCCGUCUCAAUGUACUCGCCUGCAUCGUAGGCAACGUCCUGCUGCUCCAUUUUCCCACUCGUUCUAUUUGAAGCGCACCAUUUGCA